AUGCGAUACUCUAAUCCCCUCUUCAGCCUCGUCGCUGCACUACCCGCCAUCCACGGUCUCCGAUUCGAAGGUCCAGCGCCAACAGGAAUCAGUCCCGAGCGCGCCUUGGAUAUCAACAUCCCAGUGCCUACUCAAGGACCACUCCUCAAUGAAUUGAAGAAACGUCAAACGAACCUCUUUCCAGCGACUUGCGGCUGGAUCGAUGGUGACUGGUCAUCAGGAGUAACUUGCCAGCCCGGCCGAACAUGCAUGCUCUACACGUCUGCCUCCGUGGGCAUGGCGGGCUGCUGUUCCGGCUCCGACACCGAAGCCUGCGGCUGGUCAAACCGCUGCGUCGACUACCGCGCCUUCGCCGCCGGGGCCUGCGGUGCAGGCUGUCAGGCGAAUGAUUUUGUGCGAAAGUGUACAGAUGUCAGCCAACCGUACUGUGUUACUUGGACGUAUCCGGGAGAUAGGGUGGCAGAUUAUGGAUGCGCAGCCACGUCGACAAAUACGAUUUGGACCGUGUUGCAACGGGCGACGGAUGGGACAGGGGGGAGUACGACGAUGAGUUUGCCGACGCUCAGUGGAAAUGCUGUGACGGGGUUGGAUGGCCGUAGCAGUGCGACCGCAGGAGAGACGUUUGGAAGCGGCACGAGUGGCGGCAGGACGCGUACCGUGAGGACGAUUGCGGUCGGUACGAUCAUUGGGAUUGUGGUGGCUGCGCUGGCUGUCAUCUUCUUCAUCGUCAUUGGAAUCUGCAUCUGCGUAAGGAAGAAGAAGAAGCAACGUCAGCUUGCGGCAGAUGCUCAGACGAUUGCAGCGAUGCAAGCAAGCCGUCCUCAGUCCAUGUUUCCGGCUCCUCCUCCUCCUCCUCCUCCGCAACAGCAGCAGAUGCAGCAACAAGGAGGCUACAUGGCCCCACCCCUGCUUCAGAGUCCUCAGCCAACACUCCAUGGCUACUUUGCCCCAACAUCACCUGUUGGACCAGGCGAAGAAAAGUACAAUGGCCACACGUCACUGCACGAGUACGCGGCAAUACCCAUGUCAAACCCAUCAUCACCAGGGCCCUAUCAAGGUACAGGUAUGGAGGCAGGAGCAGGGGCACAGGAAGUGGAUGCGGUUAGUAGACCACAGGUUCCUGCGAACGGAAGGCCCGUGUAUGAGCUGGGUGAUGGGCGGUGA